GCACGUGAAACUAGUCACACCCAAGAAGCACCGCAAACAAAGAAUCUCCUAGGCUACUACGAGGCUACUACAAGAAGAAUAACGCGAGCUUUUUGCAGAAAAUUCAAGAGAGAAGAAGAGAGAACAAUCUAAAUGCAGUACAACUGGUGCUAGUCUUACGAGAAGAUUGGAUCUUUAUAAAAACCGAAUUAGCAUAAUGGUGACGGUGCAAAGUACACAAACAAGCUGACUCAGCAUAGAUAUAAUUAUCUAUAAACAGAGUGAAGUGAAGGAGCCACUAAAGGAACGGAGUAGUCCACUAAAGGAACGGAGUAGUCCACAGCCAGCCCUCUAAGAUGAAGAGCUCCUCUCUGGGUGGGAGGCAAAGGAAGCUGCCCGUGUUCGUCUUCCCUGAGGAGCUACAGUUCAGUGUUGAGGACGAGUCGUCUCACAAGCAGAUCCUCACCAUCUACAACCCUUACGAGUUUAACAUUCAGUUCCAAGUGUUGAGUAACGCUCCUAAGAGAUAUGCUGUCGUGGAGUCACAAGGUUCCAUCAAGGCACAUUGCUGUGUUGACAUUGUGGUUCGACACAAGGCUGUAGAGAGUUGUCCUCCCGAGGUGCUGGACAAGUUCCGUGUGGACGCGUUUAUCGGCAGCAAGCUGAUUGGACGGAAGCAGGUGCUGGCAUCUGUUACCAGGGAGAAAGUCCCUGAGGUCAAGGAGAAGCCUCCGUCAUUUGUGAGUCUGUCAGACGGUGGGGGACUAGGAGACUCAAGUCAUGGACCAUUGAGCAAGCAAAGAAGUGCCCCCCACCAGGCGAGUCCCAGCUACCUGAUGAUGCUGCUCAGUCUACUGUGUCUGUUGGUGCUGCUCCUCCCACUGGAGGGGGAAUCCCCUGCAUGGCCUCACUACUCUCAUGUGACAGUCAACCAGAAACUCAUCGCAGCAUUUGCGUUAGGCCUCCUCACUAUGACUUUACUGAAGACAUAAGAUAUGCAGUUGCUGAGCAUGACAAAGAGAUCGACUGAAGAUGGUCUUAACAAUCAGAUGAGACUAAUGGACAGUGAACAAUCAAGUUUUGCAGCUCAUGUACUGGCAUAUAUGGUUUUAUAUUUUCAUUCCUUCAUUCACUUUCUCCAUUAUUAUACAUAAUUAUUAA